AUGGCUUGCGUGGCGGACCGUGAGGCUGCGGUGAGGGAGGUGGCGCAGGUGUACGAGCUCAUCAAGCUCCAGCAGCCUCUCCUCCUCAACUGCUCCUCCUCGUCGCCGCCGUCGACCCAGCUCGCGCAGAGCCUCCUCAGCAAGGCGCUGCGAGCCCUCAACGUCGCCCUCUCCGUCAUGAAGCAGCAGCAGCAGCAGCAACCUGUUGUCGCCGUCAAAGCUGAGCCUCACCUCUCGCCGCCCAGCCCAGCGUCUGCCGAUUCCGAAGCCAUAGCACCCAGCACGGCAACAAGAGGCGCCAAAAGAAGAAGAUCAUCAGUAGCAAUGGAAGGGAAGAAGAAGACCUCGUCAUGGGAGACCUUAACCGCCGUGCCCUACGACGACGGCUACCAGUGGAGGAAAUACGGCGAGAAGAAGAUCAACGGGACGCUCUUCACGAGGAGCUACUUCCGGUGCACCUACAAGCAGGACGACGGCGGCUGCCUGGCCACCAAGCACGUCCAGCAGAUAGACAACGACAGCUACCCGCCCAUGUUCCAAGUCACCUACAACAACCACCACACCUGCAGCAGUGCCAAAGCUACUGCACCCAACAACAACACCGGCAGCAGCAGCAACCUCGCUGCAUUGCUAGCAGGCUGCGGCAGCAGCAAGGGACUGACGACGACCAAUGCUCGGCCAACUGGGCAUGCUACUGCUGCUGCCAUGAACAUGAAGCAAGAAGAACCACCGCUGCUGCUGCUGCCUCCACGGGUCGAGCCUCCUGCCUGCUUUCCUUAUGAUGACCAAACGAUGCCACAGUGCCAAGAGCCGCUGUUUCCUACAAGUAUGGAGCAGCAGUUCGUCUGUGAUGCUUUAAGAGACCACGACUCUCCUGUCGAUGGAGGAAUCCCGUCGGCUAGUACUGGUUCGUGCAUCUCCGGCGAGACCAGCUGGUGGGAUGGGUAUUCUGGGGACAUGGCGGCGCAGAUGGCAGCUGAAGACGACCCUCUCCACGACCUCGACCGCUUCCUCCAGUGCGAUAGCUUCAUGGACUACCAGUACUAA